GAAGGGGGAGUGUAGAAAAAGGGACUGAGGAAAGAGAUGAAUAGAAGGCACCAGAACCACCUACCAUGACCAAGUGCGCUGUAAAUGUAGGACAGAAAUUCGAGUGGAAUACAAACGGAUCAUCAAGCGAAAUAUUCGAGGGAAAACCAUGUUUGGAUGUGCCUUAUCUGAUUCAAGUAUUUUUCAAUAUGGUACCACAUGCGAUCAUUCGAACACAGGAAAAGUAUUUUUCCUCCCAAACAUUUCUUGCAUUUUGAAACGGAAAAGAAGAGUGGCAGUAAAAUACAUCCCUGUGCUAUCUUUCUCCGAUUAUCAAUGGUAGGCAUUGCAUAAUUCACCCUUAUCCACCGGAGCCAUUUGGUUCCUCUCCUCUUUGAGAAGAGGGGGACGGCAAAAAAAAAAACGACUACAUCCAGUAGCUGCCUUCUUGGUGGUGCCUGCAAUUGUUUGGCAAUGCCCUUUUCUCUCUUAGGAAGAACUUGCAGACAGUAGCGUGGAAACAAGCAGGGGAAUGAUGCAUUUAAAGCUGGAUCUGUGCUGCAUUCAGGGAGAUUCGGCAAUAAUAGCAGCUCUAGCAGAAACAGCGAGUGCGGAGGGCCUGGGAAGCCCCCAGCCCCACUAUCUCCUCCUUUUCCUCCCCCCCUGCAGGACCAUGCUUGCGUGAGGGAUGAGGCUGUGCACAGGGACACCAGGCCAGAGCUGCGGCCUACUUCUCACAAGAGCCGGUCUCUCGACUGCAAGAUCUGUGAACACAUUGCCACCAUCAAAUCAGCAUCUUUGGUCAUCAGGUAGAUCCAGGAGCAUGAGCAGGACUUUGAGCUGCGGGAGCAGAUGUCUGGGUAUAAGCGCAUGCGGCGGCAGCACCAGAAACAGCUGAUCGCCCUGGAGAACAGGCUAAAGGCCGAGAUGGAUGAGCAUAGGCUCCGGUUGCAGAAGGAAUUAGAGACACAUGCGAACAACACUUACAUUGAGCUGGAAAGACUGGCCAAACGCCACGCUGCACAAACAGACAAAGAGAUGAAGUCAGUUGCAGCUGAAGAGAGGAGGAUCCAGCAACAGAUUGUUGCUCAGCAAAAGAAAGAGCUAACUAAUUUCUUAGAGAAUCAGAAAAAGGAGUACAGGCUUUGUAAAGACAAGAUCAAAGAAGAGAUGGAUGAAGACCCUUGUACACCCAAGGAGGAGAAGCAGGAGCGUCUGUCAAGGCACAAAGAAACAAUACAGCGCUCUCAGGCUGAGGAAGAAGCUCAUCUGCUAGCCCAGCAGAGGCUAGUCUAUGACAGGAGCUGCAGGGCCCUCAAACGCCGGAGUCUGGUCAGGAAGCAUGAGUUUGAACAGGAGCAACUGAGAGAGGAGCUGAACAAAAAGCGGACCCAGAAGGAGAUGGAACAUGCUCUGAUGAUCCGGCAGGACGAGUCCACCCAGGACAUGGAGCGCAGACAGCUGCAGAUGUUGCAGAAGUUGCGUAUUGAACUCAUGCGGCUGCAGCACCAGACAGAGCUCGAAAACCAGGAGGAGUACAACGGCCGGCGGCAGAGAGAACUACACAGGAAACACACUCUGGAGCAGCGGCAGCAGCCCAGAAACCUCAAGGUGGCUGGAACUUUCAAUUUGCAGCUAAGUGGUUAUUUAGCACUGGAGAUGCAGAUCAAGAAACAGUUCCAAGAUACUUGCAAGGUGCAGAACAAGCAGUACAAAGCUCUUAGGAACCAUCAGCUGGAGGUCUCUCCUAAAGGCGACCAUAAGAACAUCCUUAAGAACCUAAAAGAGGAGCAGACACGCAAGCUGGCCAUACUGGCGGAGCAGUAUGAGCAGAGCAUCAACGAGAUGAUGGCUUCACAAGCGAUGCGACUAGACGCAGAGCAGGAAAUAGAGUGCCAAGCUCUGAAGCAGCAGCUGAAGCAAGAGAUGGAGCUCCUGGACGCCUACCAGAGAAAAACCAAGUCACAGAUGGAGACCCAACACGAGCGAGAGCAGCAGAAACUUGAGCAGAAGGUCUCCAUACGCAGGGCGCACCUUGAACAGAAGAUUGAAGAGGAACUGGCAGCACUUCAGAAGGAGCGCACCGAAAGGAUCAAACACUUGCUGGAACGUCAGGACAGAGAAAUUAAUGCUUUUGACACAGAAAGUAGAAGCCUUGGCUUCGGGAGCCUGGAAUCUCUGGACUUCCCCAAAGAAGACAACAGAUGAAAGUGGAUUUAUCUUUAGAGGACAACUUAACACUUAACCGUUUGUCACGUCCAUGGUGACAAAGCUGGAUAACUUUC